AUUGACAGAAGGUGCAGAAGCUGUUGGAAAUUGGAGUUGAAAGCGACUUUAAAAAUCGCAUUUUUCCGAGUCGGGUGUGUUUUCCUUUACUGCACGGCUAAAUGGUUAAAAUUUCUUAUAAGCGAUUAAGAACGUGAUUGUAGACAGACAAAUUACUACACAACAUAUUCCAAAUUGUGGAAUCACUUUCAUAAAUUGUGUAUAUUUUGCAUUCUAUGCCGCAGUGGAAAAAAUAAUAAAAAUAAAAAGGGAGUGUAAUCGGAUGAUGCAUAGCUCAAAGUGUGUGCGAUUAUAUUAACGAAAUUUGUAACCAAAAGCAAACGCGCGAAAAGUGCAGAGAGACACGACAAGAAAUUUGUGCAAACGGAGAACGCGAAAGCAACGCAAAAAAAAAAAAAAAAACAAGAAAAAAGUGGAGCGAAAGCAGAAUUUCAUUCCAUUUAAAAAUUUUUAAUUGUGCAAAAAAUAAGCAAAGUGUAAAGUUUAUCUAUUUAAUUAAUCAUACAGCGUAGUAAAGGUUAAUUAAGAACGCUGCAAAACUUGAAAAAAGUCGCACAGUGGCAGACAAAGGCUAUUAAUACAGAUUUUCCUGGCUAUUAAUUAAAAAAAAACAACAAAAAAAAUUACAUAAAAAGUGGCAGAAACGCAAGUAAAGCAGCGCAAAGCCACAGGAAGUUCAACAUAAAAGCAACCAGCUAUCGUAGCACCAACAACAACAACAACAGCACUCAAAGAAAAUGAGUAAAAAACCGACAGUCGGUCCCGCGCUCCACAAAGUGAUAAUGGUGGGCAGUGGUGGCGUUGGCAAAUCGGCACUAACACUACAAUUCAUGUACGACGAAUUCGUGGAGGACUACGAACCAACCAAAGCAGAUAGUUAUAGGAAAAAGGUCGUUUUAGAUGGCGAAGAAGUACAAAUAGAUAUACUGGAUACUGCCGGACAGGAGGACUACGCUGCCAUCAGAGAUAAUUAUUUUCGCAGUGGUGAGGGUUUCCUCUGUGUCUUCUCAAUCACAGACGAUGAAAGCUUCCAAGCAACACAAGAAUUCAGGGAACAAAUAUUACGUGUGAAAAAUGACGAAAGCAUACCGUUCCUGUUGGUGGGCAACAAAUGCGAUUUGAGUGACAGACGUAAAGUGCCGCUGAACGAAUGCCAGGCACGCGCCCAACAAUGGCAGGUGCCCUACGUGGAGACCUCAGCUAAGACGCGUGAAAACGUGGACAAGUGCAAACUUCAUUUACACAAAAAAACACUUCGCCAUAGGACAUGCGAGCCUACAUAGAGUACACACAUGCACACACACACAUACUUAUAUGAGUGUAAACGUGGGCUUAAAGAAGAAUAAUAAAAUAAGUACAUCGCAAAACAGGCUAAUACAUACAUAGGUAUGUGUAUGUGCUUGUAAUCACCCGCAUAGCCAUAAUAUAAUAUUUUACGACUAAAUAGGUUUUAGUCUCAUAGAGUCUAAGUCAUUGCCCCUCAAUUCCGUUUUUUAUGCACAAACGACUCGGAAUCGUGCGAACACAUACAACAAUUUACUGUAUUAAGGUUUAGUUUGAAAUUCAGCAAGAGAAUUGUUUGUUAGACUUUUAAUAUUUAUUAAAUUUUCAAUGGUUAGCCAAAUUUGAAAUUUAGUUCGGCAAAUUUCUUCUCCAACACAGUUGCACAGUUGCUAUGUAUUGUAAAU